CAACACAACACAAACAAACAGCAGUCAGUCAGUGCCUCGCCGUGCCUUAUGCUACACGUGCCUUCCGCGAAACUUUCCAAACGAAACUUCACGUUAAUUACGAACGAGUGAUGUGUUUGCAUUAGUGCGUCCGAAUGGUGCAAGUAUGUGAUAGUGAGGGGCAGGAGCAGCUGAAGAUGGCACGGUCUCCGCGCAGGGUCGCAGCCAGGAGGAGUAGGAGCCGUUCCAGAGAGCUGACGCGGCUUCGGAGCCAACUCAGUGGAAAAGGAUCAAUCCAACCGAAUGGUGAUUGGAUGACGAUCUCCGCGCGGUCCCCGAGUAAGGACCCGUCGCCUCCUAAGCAAAUUAACUUCGCGGAGCCUCUGGUCGAGUCGGUGCGAGUGUACCUGGCUAAUGAAUUGCCAUCUAAGCAGCUAGCGCUCGUGCCGUGCGCGCCCUCGCCGCCCGCGCCCGCUCCCGCCCUCAGCGAUGUCGACAUAGCAGCACACACUGUACGCGACGAGAUCAAAGGAAUCAAUUUCGAGGGACGCUUAAAACGGAAUGACCUGAACAAUAACGCGUCCAGACAUCAAUCGGAUCCGCAGCCCGCCAUGCCCAGUCAAGCAGAACUGAUGCAACGUCAACCUCUUCUAGCGCGGGCGGCCAAGAAGGACGCACCGCAACCAGCUACAGACGAAUCAGACCCUGACCAGGAGCAUUCACCACAAAGAACUCACGCCGGCGAGUUCGUAGUAGAGAUCCCUCCAGGUGCCGUACGCGAAGAACGCUACCCUAAAGAAAUAUGGAAGACGAUCCUUUCUUUUUUCUUCCUGUUUGUGUGCGUGUGUAUAAAUAUGAUGUCACUGUCACUUGUCCACGAGCGGCUACCUGAUAGAAACAAAACGGAGCCCUUGAACGAUAUAGUUUUGGACAAUAUCACUGCGCGAGACUGGGGCCUAGCAGUAUCGGAAUACCUCAUCAUGGUAUCGACGACAGUAGCCAUGCUCGUGGUUGUGUUUCACAAGCAUCGAUUUAUCGUCGCUCGCCGCCUAUUCUUCAUCAUCGGCUUGUUGUACCUGUACCGGUCGGUCACGAUGUUCGUUACCGUCCUGCCGGUCUCAAGCAAAACUUACUACUGCAGCCCGAAGAGUAACACCACGACGCCAUUGCUAGUGAUAAAACGUAUGUUCUACCUAAUAUCAGGAUUCGGUCUAUCGAUAAACGGUAAACACACGUAUUGUGGCGAUUAUAUAUACUCUGGUCAUACGAUGGUCCUUGUUUUGAGCUACAUGAUAGUGGCAGAGUACUCACCGAAGAAAUUAUGGCCCGUUCACUGGGCGAUGUGGGGAUCCGCGCUGUUGGGUGUAUCAUUCGUGCUCCUCGCGCACAGCCACUACACGGUAGAUGUAGUGAUCGCCUACUACGUGACUACGCGGCUAUUCUGGACGUUCCACUCAUUGCUAGUGACGCCACAUCGCAACGGCAGUGGAUACAACUACCACAUGAUUCAGCGGGAGUGGUGGUACUGGCUGUUCACGUACCUGGAGCGCAACGUGCGCGGGCCAUUGCCGCGCCGUUACGACUGGCCGUUGCCCUGGCCGCGCACCAAACUCUUCAGCCGGCUCAGCUAGUGACGCGCGCGCGCCGCGCUGCCGCCGCCCCAGCGCGUAUGACGCUCACCUUCUGGGAAUGCCGCUUCAGCACCUGCAGCUCUUUGGGACUAGUCCGGGUGCAGAUUGCCAACGUGAGCGUGUAGUCGAACUGAUGCACGAUCAAGUUCAGGUAGACGGUUUCCUCCCAGUCAAUCUCCGGAUCACCAAUGGGCAACUUCUUGGAAUCUUUGCGGAAUACCUCUACCUCCGUCUGUGAACAAGAGUCGACAUGUGAAUAGAGCUGCGAGACAUCCGCCUCGGCUUUUGUCCCUAUUACAGACCCGUCGACGGCAGGCGAAUGACGCUGUGAGCGUGUGUCGCGUGUGAUAUGUGAUAACUUGAUAGUGAGCUCGAUGCAAACUGAUUUUCGUUCUUGUGACCUCUAUGCUUUUAUUGUUGAAUAGAAAUGUAAGAUUUUUAUUUAACAAAAAAAUGGUCAACCGAUUGCGUCUGUUGUUGAUAGAAUUUUUGCUUUUGUAAAUUGUAUAUUUUAUAAGUGGUUAUUGAAAGUCGAUUUCUAAGAACAUACCUACUAUUUAUUAGCGAAAUGUACUGUGAUUAGUUUGUGUUGGAUGAGGAGAGAUGCAAGUAAUGCGUGUAUGUGCCGCAGAUGUGAUCGCUACCGAGUACAUCCUAGUACAUAGUUGUUGUCAUAGCAGCCUAUUCUAAGAAAUAAUAUUUUUAUAUUCUUUAAAUAAAAUACAUAACCAUUGUUAAAUCAAUCUUUUUGUAUAUACCCAAAGAUUUGUCAAAAUAAAAUUUCUUUACACUCAUCCGAAUGGUGCUAACUAGAAGUAUAAAUAGUAAACAUUCUCUAAAAUUAAUAAAUUGUCGAAGUAUUUUGGAGAAGCAAACGAAAGAAUUUCUUAGUCACAAAAUUUAGGGUAACUUUCAAAUUCAGAGAUUUCUUUUUUAAAUAUUUGGAGAUGCACAAAUCAGCAGCCGCACGAAUAUGCAUUUUUAAUCACCGGAUUUCAUAAAAAUAAAUUCGACUUAUUCAAGCGAUAAAAGACUACUGUUUAAGGUGUAAACGAAAAAGGUCUAAUCUGCAAAGGGUAAUUAUGAGAACUGAAAGUUGAUAUUAAAUUGAUACUCAUCUUAUGUACCUGUUAUGCGCAUCUCAUAUUAUGAUACUUAAAUAACAGUGCUCUGCUGAUGGUGUUCUGUACAAAAGUCGUUUACCUCGUACUUGGGCAGAUACCGAGAAGAGCCUUUAACGUGACGUUUCCUGACAAAGAACAACAAGUCAUCGCAGUCUAUGCCCUGCUCCUCCUGGAAUAGGAAGUGGCGCACGAACAGAUCCGUCCAGUACGUGGUACCCUGCAGCACCACAAACCCGCUCUCUGCGAAAAAAUAUUAUUUUUGAGUCUAGGACACAGUCGAAAGGGAAACAAACAUUGGAAACUACAAGAUUGUAUGUGAUUUUAUGACUUGGCGCCAAAUUAUAAAUAAGAAACCUAUCACAAAAGAAACUUGAAUUGAUGUUUCCACUUGUUAAAAAUGGAAUUAGAAAAUGCAAAGGAGGAGGAGUACUUCGUGUGAAUUUCCUAAAUUGUGAUUUCUACACACUUUUAAAAAAUAAUAGAUACAUUAUGUCAUAAAUACUUAAUUGUUAAUGAAUUGUCAAUAUUUAUUUCAUCAGUAAUUAGUCUUUACAUUUCUAAAGUGACCAAUGAAACUAAAUCGUAAUAACUCAAAUGAAAGAACUGUUAUCUCGCUGUUCAAAAAUUAUACACAGAUACCAAUCAUUUAUGUAAACUACAUUAUAUUCAUUAAAUUGUGUACCUAAUUUAUUAAUGUGUAAUAGAAAGUAUAAAUUAUAAAUAAAGUGCCUUUAGGAUAAACAACGUAUUGGUAAAACUAUAAAAAAGUCAACUUCAACAAAAUAUGUUAUGCAAUAAAAAACAUAACAAUAAAUAAAAAUUUCAAAUGUUUUUUUGUAAUAAAUUUUAUCCAAAAUUGACUAAGUAAUUUAUAAUAAAAGAAUUUGUUGAUAAUAUGAUUGGAAUUAAAUAAGUGUGUCAAACAUAUUUAAGUUAUGGUUUAAAAUAUUUGCUGUAACUUCUCACAUACAACUGUUUCUGCAAUGUGGUGUGCAAAUGUGCAUGCUCCAAGAUAAUCUGCGAUGGUUGAAAGGUUAAUUCAUAACCAUGACAUUAAAAUUGCUAAUAGGACUGUAAAUUAGAAACAACUUAUUUUUCUUUCCGACUUUAGCAAUAUUUUCAGUCAUCGCAUUGGUGUGCAACAUUGAAUCCGAAUCUCUAAAUGUUAUUAUGGGCUGUAUAUUGCUUAUUAUUUGUAUGCGCAUAAUUUUGUGCGAUAAACAUUACUGAUUUCUGUCAUCAUGUCUGUGUAUUAAUAUUAUUGUAAUGACUUUGUAUUAAAUAAUAGCAAUAGGGAUGACGGCUAAUUUUUAUUUGUUUGUCCAUUAGGCAGAUUAUUGAAAAUAUUAAACACGUUAUUUUUUGUGGUAAUCAUUAAAUUACGGCGAUACAUAGCGUUAAAAAGUCACAUGACGUCACGCUUUGGUACAUUUUCUACAAAACUGUGACGUAGCGAACCCACACCUGUUAACUAAGCUAUUUCUUGUUAAAUUGAAGUAAAAAAAAAUACGUAUCUAACGGACUAAUUAGAAUUUUUUUUUCAACCCAAUCGUCAUCCCUAUUAUGCCUGUACAAAAUUAUUUUAUUUAUUUGUAAAAAAUGUGUUUAUUACAAUCAAUGCUAUACUACGUAUAUAAAUAUUUCUCACAAAAAUGCAUUUACAUAAAAAAGAUAUUUCUUUUAUGUACUGAAAUUAUCAUUAAUACUUUUGUAACAUCUAACUUAUUUAUAAUUAUUGCUCAAUCGUACUUCUCCCUUCCAUCUUUAUAUUAAUUAAUUGAAAGCUGUGAAACUUUUUUUUCUUAAUCACACAUGAUGAUAUAACGCAAAAGUAAUACAAUAAACUCAAAACAAAACCGAAAUUAUAAAAUUAGGUAGAUAUUUGUUGAAAAUAAAAUUUUGUUAAGAACUACUUGAAUAUAAGUUUUAAUAUCAUUAUAUUUUCGUGCAUGUAGAAAGUAAAAACUUACAAAUGGUGAUGAUGAACCUUGCAUUAUGAGUAUGGGUAUUAACCAAGAAGGCUUUAAGAGUUCAAAUAAAUUGUUUGUGUUACAUUCCUUGUUUCUGCAUGUUUUCGUUUUAAUAAGCAUACGACUUAAAAAAAAAAGGAAUAUUAAACAUAAUAGGUAUAAUAACUUAAGUAAACCAACGCUGUUGUAAAUUAAACGUUAAUAAAUGUGUUUUUAGUAAAUAUGUUGUCUUAUUUAAUCUUAUUUAAGUAAUUUUUACGAAAAGACGA